AUGAGCGAUGAGUCAGAUGACGACGCCGUGGAGGCAGAGGAGAAGGAGCCUCUCGAAGAGAUGCGCGGAUGGUUAAUGUGUUACGGUGAACCCAGCGGGGGCAAUCGCCUGCAGGUCGCGCGCCUGGCGAAAGCAUCAGCUGGCACGCCGGUAGCAGGACUCUUCUGGAAGAAGCGCUACAUCCAACUGGUGGAUGCCCAGCUUCUAUGCUGGGCGACGGCGCCACAGCAUCGAGGCUCGCGGGUAGCCCCAGUGGCCGUCCUGCUCCUGGCGCAACUCGAGGAAGUUGCGGUGACAGGCAAGACGCUGACGCUCCACAUGAGGAACCAAAAAGGCUGCCUGCAAGCACGCGCCGACAGCGAUGAAAGCGCCAACACUUGGGCCCGAGCGGUAAAAGCUCAUGCGGGCCGUGCUAUCAGCAAGAGCUUGCCUCCCGGCUGGGAUGUGGAGGCCAUGCUCAGCCGUGGCAUGGGUGGUUCGGCGGCCAAGAUGGUCAACAAGGAGACCCUGGACUCCAGCUGCAACGAUGCGUUCCAAAAGUUGCUGGACCACUGCUUCGUUUGCAAGACCACCAAAGACCGUCGCGGGAACCCCGUGCCAAUGCGGCUGGAAAUUGCAGAAGCAGUUCGUGUUCAGAAUGGAGCCGCCUGGUUGGAGUACGACAAGGCGAGGCGCCGAAUCUGCGACAAGGUGUUUUCAGCGUACCAAUGGGACAAGCAGCAUUCCGACUCCGAAUCCUGCAGCUCUUCCAUGACUGCCGCCGAAAGGGGGCUUCACAGCGCCCACACGACGGUCUCCGAUUUGGGCAGUAGUGAAGGACAGAGUUGGGAUCCGUUCGGGCUGCAGUCCUCGCUGCUUACCAGCACAUUGGACUGCAAGCAGCUGCAAGAGACGCUGGGAAAGCGCGACACCUCUUCCAAUGAGCAGUGGCUCUUCCACGGCACUUCUGCAGCAGCGGUGCAGCACAUUUCGGAUCAGGAGUUCCGGCUGGAUAAGGCCGGGAGCCACAGGGGCACGCUCUACGGCAAGGGCAUCUACUUUGCGGAGUGCGUAACCAAGGCAGAUGAGUACUGCGAGGAGGAUGCAGAUGGCUAUUGCUGGAUGCUCUUGUGCAGAGUAGCUUUGGGCAAGGUCAUGACGUGCAAGGAGAAGAAGCCUCCAGCUGACAUCUUGGAUCAGUGCAAGGCUGGCGGAUACGAUUCUCUGCUUGGAGACCGCUGGGCUGCAGUGGGAACCUUCCGGGAGUUCAUCCUCUAUGAUUCCGACCAGGUCUACCCGGCCUUCAUCCUCCGAUACCGGAGAUGGAGUGAGGCGGCCUUCUGCCGGAGCAUCCGGGAAAGUGCAGACAGCGGGGAUCCGGUGGCGCACGACCUUUACCCUCACGCAGCGAUUCUGGCUGAAGAGCAUCCGGACUCGACUGUCAGGUAUCGGCUGUCGCUGCUGAUGGAAGCGCACGCCGAGAAUGUGGUGCCGGUGCUCUGCGAGGCUCUUAAGGAUCCUCGGAGGCGUGUUCGGCUCAACGCCACGAAAGCGCUGAUGAACAUGGCUGGCCAGACCAGCACGGUCGAAGCUCUACCAGACGGAUCCCGGUACCGGCGCCACCGGGAGGGGAUGCAUGUGGUCGUGAGCGCGGUGCCUGCACUGACAACCUGCCUCACCGACAGUGACAGUGUGAGCACCACGGCGGUGCUGGAGGUGCUCAUGGAUGCCUUGGAGGAUCCGAGUUCCGAAGUGAAAAGUGCAGCAGCGGCUGCACUGGGCAUGCUGAGCGCACCAGUGGCCACCGAUGCCCUGGCCACUUGCCUGGCUGACGCCCAGAGCCAUGUUCGAGCCGCCGCAGCAAAGGCCAUCGGUCAGAUCGGCGGCAAAAGCGCCUCCACGGCGGUGCCCAAGCUGCUCCAGACACUGAAAGAUCCGGAUCACGUCGUCCGACGCUGCUCCGCCGUUUCUUUGGGACGGAUCGGGACCUUUGCGGCCACCGCCGCCCCAUACCUGGCGGAUGCCAUGAGGGAUUCUCACGCGCCGGUGCGCGAAGCUGCCGCGAUUUCUAUUAGCCGUCUGGGCGUCACGGAGAAAGUCGCGCACAACGUCUGCAUCCAAUGCUUGGUGAAGCGUGGCCUCACGGACACGUCCAGUGAUGUGAGACAAGCAGCUGCAGAGUCGCUCCUGGACUUGGCCCGAACGGAGCAGCUUGGAGUGCAAAAAGCCUUCGUGCGGGAGGCCAUGACGACGCGAAUGAAGGACGACAACGCAAAGGUGCGAGCCACUGCGUCCACCUGCCUGAACAUGCUCAGCCUCCAAGAGGAUGCUCUCUGCAGGCAGAAGCUCAGGCAGCGGCACAAGGCAAAGAAGAAGAUUGACAGCACGCGCGGUGAGCAAGCGGAGGUCGAUGAGGACAUUGCCUUGGAGGAAGAGGACAUUGACAUGCUCCGGGACAGCGUUCUGGAGCUGGAGGAUAUCGCUAGACUUGUGAUUAAUUUGACGAGACAUGUGAGGGAUUAA